GGCAGCCGGCCGCCUCGGCACUGGAUUUCGGAGGGGAUUGGCGGAGAGCGGCAGGGAGAGAAUGUGACAAGUGCGGGCUCGGCGGCCGCCGGGGGAGGCCGCGCGCACCUGUCCCUGCCCGUCUCGCGCCGCCCGCGGCCGCUCGGACGCGCGCAGAGCCGCCCCCCACCGCCGCCGCCGCCGCCAGCGCCCGAGAACAUGACUUCUGCCUUCAAGCUGGAUUUCCUCCCGGACAUGAUGGUCGAGGGCCGCCUGCUCGUCCCGGAUAGAAUUAACGGCACAGCCAACAAGAUGAACGGAGCUUUGGAUCACUCAGACCAACCAGACCCAGAUGCCAUUAAGAUGUUUGUCGGACAGAUCCCCCGGUCGUGGUCGGAAAAGGAGCUGAAAGAACUUUUUGAGCCUUAUGGAGCCGUCUACCAGAUCAACGUCCUCCGGGACCGGAGUCAGAACCCUCCCCAGAGUAAAGGUUGUUGUUUCGUAACAUUUUAUACAAGAAAAGCUGCACUUGAGGCCCAGAAUGCACUGCACAAUAUUAAAACUUUACCUGGGAUGCAUCAUCCCAUUCAGAUGAAACCUGCAGAUAGUGAAAAGUCAAACGCUGUGGAAGACAGAAAACUGUUCAUAGGAAUGGUUUCGAAGAAAUGUAAUGAGAACGAUAUCAGAGUGAUGUUUUCUCCAUUUGGUCAGAUAGAAGAAUGCCGGAUUCUCCGGGGACCCGACGGGCUGAGUCGAGGCUGUGCGUUUGUCACAUUUUCUACAAGGGCAAUGGCACAGAAUGCAAUCAAAGCCAUGCAUCAGUCUCAGACCAUGGAGGGCUGCUCUUCACCGAUCGUGGUGAAGUUUGCUGAUACUCAGAAGGACAAAGAGCAAAGGCGUCUCCAACAGCAACUGGCACAGCAGAUGCAGCAGCUCAACACUGCCACCUGGGGGAACCUGACAGGGCUGGGCGGACUUACCCCACAGUACCUGGCGCUUCUGCAGCAGGCCACCUCUUCCAGCAACCUGGGUGCAUUCAGUGGCAUUCAGCAAAUGGCUGGCAUGAAUGCUUUACAGUUACAGAACCUGGCCACGCUGGCUGCCGCAGCAGCCGCAGCGCAGACCUCAGCCACCAGCACCAACGCGAACCCUCUCUCUACCACAAGCAGCGCCCUGGGCGCCCUCACGAGCCCCGUGGCUGCUUCAACCCCCAACUCCACUGCUGGUGCAGCCAUGAAUUCCUUGACCUCUCUUGGGACUCUGCAAGGACUGGCUGGAGCCACUGUUGGACUGAAUAAUAUUAAUGCACUAGCAGGUACCAUAAACAUUGCUCAAAUGCUCUCAGGUAUGGCGGCUCUGAAUGGAGGACUUGGCGCCACAGGCUUGACGAAUGGCACGGCUGGCACCAUGGACGCCCUCACCCAGGCCUACUCAGGAAUCCAGCAGUAUGCGGCAGCCGCACUGCCCACGCUGUACAGCCAGAGCUUGCUGCAACAGCAGAGCGCUGCGGGCAGCCAGAAGGAAGGUCCAGAGGGGGCAAACCUCUUUAUUUACCACCUUCCACAGGAGUUUGGAGACCAGGACAUUCUGCAGAUGUUCAUGCCUUUUGGAAAUGUUAUCUCUGCUAAAGUCUUCAUUGACAAACAGACCAAUCUGAGCAAGUGCUUUGGUUUUGUUAGCUAUGACAAUCCAGUCUCUGCACAAGCUGCGAUCCAGGCGAUGAAUGGCUUUCAGAUCGGCAUGAAACGCUUGAAGGUGCAGCUGAAGCGCUCCAAAAACGACAGCAAACCUUACUGAUCCCAACCCCAGAGGCUCCCUGCUCUUAUUUUAGCUUUCUUAGGACAUCUUCAUGCCCGUUAGUUCAUCGUUUGCCUAGCAUGUCCCUGUGGCGUCUCAAAAAAAAAGUUUCAUCGUCCCGUCAUUGUUUCUGAUGUCUUUCUGACCUCACAUCAUAUUUGGUUCUCCUACUGACCUUUGAUCUAGUUUGACCUUUGAAAUUUGCAUGUGACCUCAUCUAGCUAUGAAUUCUGGGAAGUCAAUGUGAAAAACAUUGCUGCAUUCAUGCAAGACUGAAAUUAUUAGACAAAUUAUAGAAAAAAACCUGUGGCAAAAAUGUUUCUUUCUUAUUUUUUUUUUUCCUUUCUUUUCAUAAAACAGACUUGAAAGUAUUAUACAGGGAUUGGCAUUCUUCCCGGUCACUGGUAACAAUAGCAAUAUGUGUCCAGGGACACAGAAUGUUGGUUUCUAACAGACUACUUCCAAAAACAGUUUGAGAAAAAAAACUGUCUGAUUUUAAGUCUCUAGAGGUCUGUAAUAGUUUUUACAUUUUUCAGGCAGUGUAAAGUUUUUUGAUAAGGCCAUUUUAGGUGGCUCACUUUCUCAUUAAGAUAUAUAUAUAGAACCACUUUUUGUAGAUUAGUAUAAGAAAAAUAUUUACCCUGUUUUGGGGCAAAUGCUACCUAUUUGUGUCACCUUUUGCUGAACUGACUCACAGUUAGACAAUCCAUGGUUUAAUGCACAUGAAAUUACCUAUAUUUUAUACUGUUUCAAUGUACAGGAGAAAGGUUACUGUAAACUGUGUUAUGUUGGUGCUUCUGUGAAUUAAGUUGUGGUUUCAUCAUGAGUCUUACGGUCUUAAUGUUCUCUGUUGAUAAGACAAGUUUAGAAUUGGUUUACUUAAAACAAAAAAGAAUUUCAAAAAAAAGUUGUUUGCUUAAAAAAAAAAAAUUUCAUGUGAGGAAAAAAAAAAAACUAUUCCAGAAUAAGUUUUGUGUUGGCUUGUGAAGCAUUGAUGUCAUUUUUUUUUUUUAUUGUGGACUAUUUAGAUGUGUUUGUGUUCAGCAAAAUGUGAUCUGUUUUUUUUUUCUUUUAAAGAAAAAAAGUGAAAAUAUAUAGUGCCAAAUUCCAAAGGUACUUCCUUCCUAGAGCUUCAGUGUGUUUCUUGUGAGAAGUAAUUUGAUAACAUGGGUAUUUUAUUAUGUGUUUUGUAUAAAUCCCUAAUAUUUAAAAAAAAAAAAGGUUAAAAAGUUUGUUAACUUGCUAUUCUGUGGUCUUGUUGCCUGAAAUUGUUAUUGUUUGUUAUUUCUCUAUGAUGUUUUUUGUAAGACAUUGUAUAAGUGCCCAUGUCUCACUUUUUUAACCCCUCUGCACAUCAAGGCUGUGAAGGCACCCUCACAAUGUAUUUUCUUCAUACUAUAUGGAAACCUCUAAGGUGAGAAAGUUUUGAACUUUUAACCCUUUCUACCCAGAGCUAUCUGGAAUGUUGGUAACUUUUUAUAAACUGUCAUCACUUGAGUUUGUUUUGGGGUGUUCCUAAUUUGGCUUUUUCCCACCCACAUAUAUCCUCUGUGUGGUACAUUUGACUACUUUCUUGGUCCUUUGAGAGCCAAAAGGAAAUUUUAAAAAAUUCCACAAGACAAAUUUGAAGGGGGGGGAAAAAUAUUUGAACACUCUCCAAAUUUUGUCCUAUGAUAUUUUUACUUUUACUUUUGAUUGUUUCUGGUUUUUUUGUUUUUUUUUUUUUUUAAUUCCUAAUGUGCUGCUGGAAUUAGGAUUCCUAACGUCCUAUGCUCCUUCUUCAGUUUAAAUGAAACAUGGGGGAAAGUAGGUAGAUUCAGUCCUUAAGUAAACCUUAAAAAUGCCGUACACUUUUCGAGAUCAGAUUUAGUGAUACGUUCUAGUCUAGAAGAUUUUCAUAUAUUUGCAGUCAGACAACUUUUUUGGUGGGACUGUCUUUUGAGGAAUUUUGCUUUUGUUUCUCAAAUGCUCCUAGAUAACCUUCAGUCAGCCACUGUGCUGGGAAUUCUCUGGCCCCAGUGGACGCCUCUGAACAAGCAAGGUGUCUCAAGGGAGAACCCCAGAGCCCCUCCCCUGCACUUUCUGCUUCCUUGUUCUUUAACUGAACACACUGAUUGAACACAAAGGGGACUGGCCACAUAAGUACAGCUGGGUUCUUGACCAAAUACCUUCCUGCUGCCACUUUUUAAAGUGCCAUAUUACUUUCACUUGGACUUUCUGUGAACAGAUACCUUGCUGUCUUGACAAACCUGAAUGUCAUACCUACAGCCCCAACACACAGCCCAGCCUUCCUGACAGCCGGCCCUGGAAGCUUCUUGGCUCAGCUCCCUUUUCCUACUCACCUGCCCUGUUUGGUUUAAUGUGCGCGUGGAUGCGAUAGCCCUGGGAUGGAAAGGACUAGCCUCUAACGAUGCAAAAAACAAAAAGAGAAGUUUCCUUCUUACAGCACAUGCACUUCUAACGAAAUGAUUUGUAUUAUCCUCACACGUGUUUACUACUGCCGGGGCCUUCCUGCAGCCUCUGAGGGCUAUUUUGUACUUCCUGCAGCACUCAGCUUAGUAACAGGUUAUUGCACACGUCUCUCAUGUGUCAUGGUGGUGUAGAAACGCAAGGGAACACCAUUUGAAUUUCUUAGACCAUUUCAUUCCAAAUCUAUUCAUUUAUCAAUCAAUCUCAAAGUUUUGUUUUUUUGUUUUUUUUUUUUUUCACUGAAGCAACUGUCCUCCUUUCCUCUUAUCCCACCUGCAUCUCCCCCACAGAGAAACUGAGAGCAUUGACAGGAGGCUCAGGGUGGGCACUUUCAGUGUUUCUGAUUUCGCAGGCAACCAAGACAGUACGUCUAGGGUGAAAGUCCUUUUUUGGGGGGGUUUGGUUUUGCAUGUCUCAUUGUUAAAAAGAUAACCCUCCUCAGAGACAAACUGUCCUUUUAUCUUUUAAUAUCAAAAGGAAUAAAGCUGCAAGGGUGCAAAGGGCCUGUGCCAGGAGACAAAACACGCAGGGAAGUGACUUUUUUUAAAUCAAGUGUAGAGAAUAGUCAUUUUUAAACUAAAUUAGAGAAUUGUGACAAAAUGGCAGUCCUCAAAGGCGUAACGAGUUCAUCUUUCUUUCACCAUAGGGGUUAUAGUUCUUUGGCUUGUGCUACUCUGGAAUCAUUUUACUGUUUGUUUCUAUUAAGUGCUAAUUAAAAAGAAGAAAUAAAAUUUUAAAAAAACCUGUAGUUUCAUUACCUUUUUGAAUAAUGUCAUACAAAAAAUGUAUUUGUGUUUUUUUGUGCUGUGAAAAUUGUUGUUUGUAGAUUAAUAAUAUCAUUUUGUUUAGAAUUACAAAAUAGUUUUUAAAUAUUGUCUGAGAAAAGCCAAAGUUAAUGCAACCUAGUGGAAACUGUAAGACCAUUUGAGUAUUGUUUGUUUUAUUGAUGCAUUUGGAUUUUGUUGUUUGAUGGAAUUUGAGCCAAAAAAAAAAAAAAAUACGCAGGCUUUCCUAUUUCUACAACUGAUUGUACUUAUGCAUUUUGUACCAGUGGAACUUUUUAUACUGGAGAUUAAAAAAAUGGAAAUUUUUGUGGCUUACUCUCGUGGGCCCCCUGACAAUGACUGAUUUCAAGUUUGAUUUCUGGUUGACAGAAAGAAAGUUGCUUUUCUUUUGAGAAUUAAAAACUUUGGCUUGAUUUCUUUUUUCCCUUUGCUUAUAUCUAGCAUUAGAAUUUUGUCUUAAAAUACAGCGGUAAGUUUCACUUUUAUUCUGUAUUGUGCAGUUACACAAUAAGGUAAUUAGAUUUAGAAGUACUCAGUCACCUUAAGUGGAUAAAUGUAUUAGUUAAACUUUAGGGGUUUGCUUUUUUGCUGUUUAGAUCAAAGUUUUUUCUGAUUCUUCUGUCCUCAUUGUGAACAUAACCGUGUAGUUGAAACAGUCAAACUUAUUUUUGUAAUGUAUGUUACUGUGUGAUGCGGUUUUCGGCUUCUGUCUCCAAUAUUAAACCAUUUUCCUAAUACUUGUCUCUCUCUCUGCGUGUUGUAUCGUUGGUGGUCAUUGUAUGUUGGUGAUGCAUCUACACACUCACUGUUUCACCUGUUUUUUUUCUAUAUGUUGUGUAAAAGAUACAGUCGAUUCCACCUAAGUGAAUAUCUGAUUUGGGGAAACUGCACACCAGCCACCUUUGAUUUAUGUGCAACGGUCCACUCUGACCACUGCUUCCAAGAAUGAUACACUUUUUUCUAUGGCUCACCUAAAUAACUGCCCUACUGAGCUGGAUCUGCCAAGACAUGUUAUGGUCUUUUGACCGUACAGGUUCAUUUCUCCUCCUCCGACCUCUCCUUACCCUUCUCCCUCCCUCAUGAGUGUAUAUAUUCACAUAUACAUGGACAUAUAUGCACACACAUGUGUACAUAUAUAACAUGCAGUUCCUAACGUUCACUAAAAUCUGCUGCAUUACUUUAAGAAGAAUAGCAGCAGACUUGGAGUUUCUUCUGUCUACUCCCAAGUCCUAAAGCAUAUCAUUAUUGUCAAGCUCUUCUCAGAAACUGAUCACCUUUUCAAAUGAAGUGAGCUCUCAAGGGAGGAAAAAAUAAACUUAGCUGGUGAGCAGAAGAUGUGAAAAGGGUUAAACUCAGUUCUGUGUUGCCAUCAAUCAAUAGAUAUGUAUAGAAAAGUAAUUUAAAUUAUUUAUUUCUACGAGCUAAUUGAAUCCAGGAGCAGCUUUAAUUAUUAAAACUAAUGGAAGAGAAAAGAAAUAUUUCCAAGUGCUCAAAUGGAAGCUCUACUCAGUCUGAAGGGGGAGGUGAAGCUUCUCACGCUCAAGUCCUCUUGGCAUGCUGUCCAUUUCCACAGGAAAGCUCGUAAUGCCCCAUGCACCCCACACCUCUCCUGGAGGCACACACAGCUAGGAACAGGCUGUGGCACCCAAGCCCAGUCAUCAGAAAAAGAACUGUCCCUCACACGCCCUCCACAUCUUAGGCCAGAGGCCCUCCUCCCUUUUCCUGCCCAUCUCCUAUGCUCAGGAAUCUGACUGCUCUUAAAGUGCUCUUAAAAGAUUCCACUGAUGUCCGCUCCCUGUCUUCUCUCCUCCCAACCUUCCAGACGCACAAGCUCUGUCUGCCUCAGGCCCCCAGCACCUGGUGCCAAUGAGAUUUCCCCCUGCAGGUGCUCGGGCUCUCCGCCCUCUGGUGUCAGCUGCCCCUCUGGCCCCAAGAUUGUAUUUUUAAGUCGGGUCAACAAGAGGGGCCUAGUGAGGUGGAGGAAAGGCGGCUCUUUCACCCAUAGGCCACACACCUCCGUGGUAGUGACUGCCACCAGCUCCAAACCUGCACAGAUGGGAGCUGACUUCCUGCCGACACUUCCGCUUUAAACCUCAUCACAGCCUUCAUCAGCUGCCUCUGAAAAACCACUGCUUACGUAGUGGGGAAAGACGGCUAAGGGUGUGAUUUCUUUUUCUUUCUUUUCUGGGGGGGAGGGGGUGGGAGGCACAAGGGAGGGGAGACUGGGGAAAGAGUGUGAUUAAAUUCCUUACAAGAUGCAAGUGUUUAUUUUUAAAAUAAGCAUAAUCACCAUUUGGCACAAGGCAAAAUACUCAUGCUAAGUAAAGGAAGGGAAAGACAAAGCCAGUUUUUGCUGUUUUCCAAAAACAACAAAAACAAUAAUUCUCCAAAGAAGAGGAUGAAAAGGCUAGUUCCUUAAGCACGGAUGACGGUAAAGUUGGUCCCUGCUUAAACUCAUACUUAUUUUGAUUUGUAAAACACUGCAGCGUGUGAGCAAGGUGUACCUGCCUGCCAUGCACGGACCACCCUGGGAACCACAGGACCACCACCACUUCCUUGCUGACGGAAGCCACACGCCUGCCUGGCCCACGGCAGUUGCGUGCCAUCCCGGGGCUCAGCCUCUUGGCUAGCAGGCUAGGAAACACAGUGAACAUAAAUGUACUGUGAAUCGUUCCUGAUAAGUGAAUAAAACAUUGUGACCAAACAAUCAGCUUAUUCACUUAUCAGGAAUCGACUGUUCUGCUAAUUCACUGUUUUUGUUUUUCAUUUCUGUUGUAGUUCACUAUUUUUGCUGUGUUCUGUUUUCUCCUCUCAUGCUUGGGCAAAAUCACUGGGAAUAUUAUCUUCAUGUGACCAUGAAACGUUUAUAUGGAGUGAAAAUGAUAUCUUAACAAAAUCUAUGCACUUGCUAUCAGGAACACAAUACUGGAUGUGUCUUAUAUAUAUUGAACUAUAUAGUACUCGAUUUCUUAAAUAAAGCUUAAGAAAGGA